CCUACUCCAGGAGACGUAUAAUUUAUAGAAGCGACCGCGCGAUACGGAUGUAUUCGAUAUAGUGAGCGUAGUUCCAGUGUGAUAAAUAUUUCAAAAUGAUGUGCAUUCUACCUCUGAUAGUGCUAUUCACGUGGCCCUGCCACGGAGCGAACAUACUAGCGAUUUUGCCGUCGCCGUCAUACAGCCACCAAAUAGCUUACACGCAUAUAUGGAAGGAGUUGUCUUUGAGAGGCCAUAAGGUGACGUUAAUUACGACCGAUCCUGUUAAAGACCCAAAGCUGACGAACUUGACUGAAAUUGAUAUGAAGUCGACAUACGAGCUCAUGGGAAAACUUUCUAACAUAUCAAAAUCAGCAUUUACAAUGUGGAAUGUGUACAGAACUGUCCAGAAUUUCCUUAAUUCUGUAGCUGAGGCUCAACUGUCUCAUGCUGAAGUUCAAAGUUUAAUCCACAAUAAGAGUCACUUCGACGUGGUCCUAGUGGAGUUUAUAUACGUAGAAUUUUUGGCAUUCGCAGAAAUAUACGAUUGUCCUAAAAUUCUAUUUUCUACGUUCGAUCCGUACUCUCUCAUCCAUAGCCUGUUAGGAAAUCCAAUAAAUCCGGUUCUGUAUCCAGAUAUGGGAGCAACUUUCUAUGGUUCCUUGAAUUUUAAAGAGAGGGUUACAAGCUCUCUUUUUACUUUGUACAGUUUGUAUUACUUCUAUUAUGAAUCAUAUUACCAGAAAAGUGAAAUUAUAAAGAAGUACUUCAGCAUUUCAAGAACUGCGCAUGAACUGGUGAGUGACGUAGACAUGCUGUUCCUCAAUGUGAAUCCAAUUUUACAACCCAUAAGAGCACUUGGACCUUCCACCAUCAUGAUUGGUGGUAACAGAGGUGUGAUUGACUCUACUCCUCUGCCUAAGGACCUUGCUAACUUCUUAGACAACGCUAAGGACGGUUUUGUUUACUUUAGUUUAGGGAGCAACGUAAAGAGCAAAGACCUUCUUACUGAAACACGAGAAGCGAUAAUCGAAGCAUUUAGAGAGUUACCAUUUAAGGUUUUAUGGAAAUUUGAAGCGGACGAACUCCCAAAUAAACCAGACAACGUUAAAAUUAUCAAAUGGGCUCCACAGCAGGCAGUUUUGUCUCAUCCAAACAUAAAGGCUUUUGUUACCCAAGGUGGAUUGCAAUCCUUUGAGGAGGCACUUUAUUGUGAGGUGCCUUUUGUAGUAAUACCGUUUUUCGGAGACCAGGAACAGAAUGCGAAAGUAAUAGAAAAUAAGGGUAUGGGUGUAGUUAUCAAUAAAAAAUUUUCCGUGGGCAAAAUAGAACUGAAAAAUGCUAUCCUAGAAGUUACUAAAAACACAAAAUAUCAUGAUGCGGUAAAAAGAGUGAAGCAAUGGGUUGUAGAUUCUCCAAUGACUGGCCUCGAAAAAGCAGUUUGGUGGACAGAAUACGUCAUCCGAAAUAAAGGAGCCAAGCAUCUAAGAAAUCCAGCUGCAGAUAUUCCGCUUUAUCAAUAUUUUCUCGUAGAUGUUAUCGGUUUUCUUGUUUUGGCAAUAAGUGCGACAUUUUUACUUCUGUUUUUAUUUAUUAGAACAAUUUGUAGGUUAGUGGUUUCGAAAUAUGUAAAUAAGAUAAGUAAGAAAAAGUCUGCAUAAAUUUAUUUUUAAUUAUUACAGUAUAUAACCUCAUUUUACGUGAAAUUUUAUUGUUUUGAUGGUUUGAAACUGAAACGAUUUUUGAGUUGAGAAGUUGAGCUGGAAGGAAAUGGAUGAUAAUCUAUUUGUGAUUUUAAACAAAAAAAAAGUAUAAUUAGGUUUCCUGACAUAAUACAAAAAGUAAAUGUAUAAACAAAUUUCCAUAAUUCAUAAAUUUUGUAAUAUUAGUGAGAAUGAUAAUUUAAAUAA